CGGUGCCAGGAUCAGAAGGAGCACAGAACAGGUCGGGCAAGAUGGCAACCCUCACCAUGAACAGGUCCUGGAGGAAGGUCUUGGAUGAGAUUAAGGAGUUUAUGUGGAACCCCAAGACUCGGGAAUUUAUGGGACGCACCGGUACCAGCUGGGCGCUCAUCAUCCUCUUCUAUGUGGUGUUCUAUGCCGUCCUCUCGGCGAUCUUCGUUCUCUGCCUGUAUGUGAUGCUGCAAACCAUCGACAAAAAUUAUCCGAAAUAUCAAGAUCGACUGCCAUAUCCAGGAUUGAUGAUCAGACCCAACAUACCAUCCCUACAGAUCACCUUUAAUGGACAGAACACCACCUGGAAGCAGUAUGUUGACGGAAUCGAUUCGGCCCUGAAAGGUUAUGACCAAUCCACCCAGCAGAUAACGGGCAUCGACUGCCCAUUUCAAGACUACUUCAGACAGGACAACAUCACCAUCCCCAAACAGGCGUGUCGGUUCACCCGGGACCUGCUGGGGAGCUGCUCUGGGCUCAAUGACACCUCCUAUGGAUAUGCCAACGGAAUGCCAUGUGUGCUCAUCAAAAUGAACCGGGUGGUAAAGUUCUUUCCGGAAAUCAUCCCGAGCCUCUCCAACACCUCCAUCACCAUUAAGUGCACCUCCAAGGACGACAAUCUACUGGGCAACAUAACCUACUUCCCCAGCAUCACCAACCAGAGCCUGGGCAGCAUCGACCUCAAGUACUACCCCUACUAUGGGCAACAGGCACAGCCGACCUACACCCAGCCUUUCGUGGCGGUGCAAUUCACGAACCUGACAAAAAACGUGGACCAUAACGUGCAAUGCUUGGUGAAUGCCGCCAACAUCGCCACCGACAACGACCGGGACAAAUUCCAGGGACGGGUGUACUUCACGGUGCGCUCCAAUUCUUAGAGAGACAUCCAGAGAGAUCCUCGUCUUCUCCACCAGGAAUGGCCAAACCUCUGGAAGACAUGACGGCCUCUCCCCACCCUUCUCAUACGUCUGCCUGCAUGGAGGGACUGCCCUGCCCCCGGUGGGGGGGCAAUAAGAACGAGACUCUGGUUCCUUCCAGAAACCACCACCAAAAAUCAUCUACAUAACUACCAACACCCCUCCUCAACAGCAUCCAGACAACUGCCACUGUCCCCAACUAGAAAGCCUUCAUACAACUACCACCACCCCCCAUGAAGGACAAUCCGACAACUACCACCACCCCCCAUGAAGGACAAUCCGACAACUACCACCACCCCCAAUGAAGGACAACCCGACAACUACCACCACCCCCCAUGAAGGACAAUCCGACAACUACCACCCCCUCAAUGAAGGACAACCCGACAACUACCACCACCCCCCAUGAAGGACAACCCGACAACUACCACCACCCCCCAUGAAGGACAACCUGACAACUACCACCACCCCCCAUGAAGGACAACCCGACAACUACCACCACCCCCCAUGAAGGACAACCCGACAACUACCACCACCCCCCAUGAAGGACAAUCCGACAACUACCACCACCCCCCAUGAAGGACAAUCUGACAACUACCACCACCCCCCAUGAAGGACAACCUGACAACUACCACCACCCCCAUGAAGGACAAUCCGACAACUACCACCACCCCCCAUGAAGGAUAAUCCGACAACUACCACCCCCUCAUGAAGGACAAUCCGACAACUACCACCACCCCCCAUGAAAGACAAUCCGACAAUUACCACCACCCCCCAUGAAGGACAAUCCGACAACUACCACCACCCCCCAUGAAGGACAACCCGACAACUACCACCACCCCCCAUGAAGGACAAUCUGACAACUACCACCACCCCCCAUGAAGGACAAUCUGACAACUACCACCACCCCCCAUGAAGGACAACCCGACAACGACCACCACCCCCCAUGAAGGACAAUCCAACAACUACCAUCACCCCCCAUGAAGGACAAUCCGACAACGACCACCACCCCCCAUGAAGGACAAUCUGACAACUACCACCACCCCCCAUGAAGGACAACCCGACAACUAUCACCACCCCCCAUGAAGGACAAUCCGACAACUACCACCACCCCCCAUGAAGGACAAUCCGACAACUACCACCACCCCCCAUGAAGGACAAUCCGACAACUACCACCACCCCCCAUGAAG